CCGCAACCACGACCUCAUCACGGCCAUUCCUCGCUCUCCUCGAACAUCUCUUUAAUUCCAACAUCAAAAAUCAGUGUUAUCAUUUCACACAGAACCCAACUAUCAACUCUAAUCCCUCACAAUGCCACCCCCAACAACCCACCAAAUCCCCCACUCCCUCCCCCUCACCCUCAUCGUCGCCACAACCCCAAUUCGCGUCGCGUCCUCAACGCCCAUUGAAAACCCAACCCGCCUCGGAAUCGGUCUCAAGGGAACCCUACCCUGGCCACGCAUCAAAACAGACAUGUCCUUCUUCGCGCGCGCAACCUCUCGCGCCCCGGCACCGGGCACCACGAACGCAAUCAUCAUGGGCCGCAAGACAUAUGACUCGGUUCCUAAGAACCUUCGUCCGCUGGGGAAGCGGAUCAGCGUCAUUGUGACGCGCGAUACGACCGGUGCUGUGCGAGAGGGUGUGUUGAAGGAGCUUGAGGCGCGGAAGGCAAAGAUGGCGGAGACUGCGAAGGCCAAGGCUGAGGGUGCCGCGGGGAAGGAGGCUGCGCCUGGUGGUUGUGCUACCGAGGAGCCUAUUACCGAUGCAUUGGUGACGCAUAGUCUGGAUUCUGCGUUGUCGGAGUUGGACGCUGUGUAUGGUUCUUCUGGUCGGUUGGGCAAGAUUUAUGUCAUCGGGGGUGCGGAGAUCUAUGGUGCGGCGCUGCGGAUGAAGAUGCCUGUCGGUGAGCAGCAGUCCCGGAGGCCUGUUAGGAUUGUCAUGACGAAAGUUGUGCGGAAGGUUGGGGAUGAUGGUGUGGCGAAGGAGUUUGAGUGUGAUACUUCCUUCCCUGUGGACGGACUAGGGGUUGAGCAUGGUUGGCGGACUGCCAGUGCACAAGAAGUUUCUGAGUGGGUGGGGGAGACGGUUACUGGGGAGUGGAUUCAGGAUGGAGAGGUGGAGGUGCAGAUGGUCGGGUAUGAGAGAUUGGACUGAUGACUUAUGACCUCGUGAAAUUAGUAGGCGGUCUCUGGGUGAAAUGUUUAAAUAGAAUAUUGCAUUACCUAUGAAUCGGCGUCUUACUGUCCCAUGCAAUGCUCAUUCUCGUAUCGCCGUUUUGUAUAGAUAUCGCUACCAGUCGCCCACCCUUAAUUGACCAAGCAAAUAGGUUGUUCGAGUGAUGGCUCGAGGAUACGCCAGG